GCAGGUGUUACCAACCUGGGGUCCAGGGUUUCUGGUAUUGGUCUUUGGCAUAAAAAUGUUUGGGAACCUCUGUCGUACAGGAAUGCUGCAGACCGGCACAUUCCAGACUACAGGGACACCAGUGGAACUAUCGUGUCCCUCUACUGCUCGACUGGGAGAGGCCGUGUUGGCUGAGGAAGCCUCUCAAUUAUUGUACACCACCCCAGGGGGCACAUGAGCGACAACAGACAACAGAAUACCCCAUAGACAACGAAGGUAAAUUCAUUGGGUAAAGGUAUUGGCACGUUUUAUCAUUCUGAAUAUUUUAUUUAAAUCUUAUUUUGAUGCAAAAAAAAGUAUCAACAUCUGAUCUGUAUUCAGAGUGAAGGAGACCAGGCCUUCUAUUGGAAACGGGACAGACAUGGGUCAAGUCAUUAAGGUUUUCUCACGAAGGGCUGUUGAAAUCAGGACCUUGCCGAAAAAUUAACAUUUUCCACCCUGUGACGUAAAAUGUCCAGUCCUGUGCUUUUUCCUGCAACCACAGGUCGGUCAUCACCACUGAAUCUCUCUCCUCACAGCACAAUAUUUUCUCCACAUCCCCAGUUUAAUGGCAUGUAUUCACUGUUUACUUAUUCACCGUUUUACACUCCACUCUGACUCUCUUAGACCUGGAGAAAGAUACAAAAAAACGAGCUGCUGGAGGAGCUCAGCGGGUCGGGCAGCAUCUGUGGAGGGAAAUGGACAAUCGACAUUUCGGGUUGAGACAGUUCAGAUGAAGGAUCUCGAUCCGGAAAAGUCCUUCCGAUCGGAGCGAUGGGGCCUUUGGACAUUCAGCUGACGUUUUUUGUCGCUGUAGGUGUUUACGAGACGGGGUUGCUGGGCAUAUGGCCAACUCACCUACGCUUGUCGCCGGGCUUAGACAGUCCAUUAGGCGUUUCCUUACCUUUUCUCUGUUUAAUUUAUUUUUGAUCCCACACUAACAUUCAAAUAGCCAUGAACAUAUACAGCAGCAGAAUGUUCAUUCCCUGAGACUGCAGCGCGCGUAGUGGACAAUCGCGGUACUGCAGGGGUCAUUCCCCGGGUCUACAGCGCGCGUAGUGGACAAUCGCGGUACUGCAGGGGUCAUUCCCCGAGUCUGCAGCGCGCGUAGUGGACAAUCGCGGUACUGCAGGGGAUCUGCAGCUCCCGGAAGUGAAAGUAUUCUGAAUCAGGAAGUGCUGGGAGUUAACAUGGCUUCGAAAGGACCGGUCGAGAGUUUAACAGAGGAGGCGAUUUGAAAGUAUUCUGAAUCAGGAAGUGCCGGAGUUAACAUGGCUUCGAAAGGAGAGACCGAGAGUUGGACCGAGGAGGUAAUUUGUCCCGUCUGUCUGGAUUUCUUCACCGAUCCGGUUAUACUGGAGUGUGGACACAACUUCUGUCGCUCUUGUAUCACACGGUGUUGGGAAAGGGAGGAGAGAAACUCCUGCCCGGACUGUAGAGAGGUGUUUGCUGACCGCACCCUCAAGGUGAAUCGGGCCUUAGAAAAUCUGGCUGAAAAAGCUCGAAAUCUAAACCUGAAUCCGAAAGAGAAGGAAGGUAAACGUCACUGCGAGGAACAUGAGGAAGAACUGAAGCUGUUUUGUGAAACGGACAAGACACUGAUCUGUCUGAUCUGUAGAGAUGCGCAGGAACACAGAGAGCACCGCUUCUUGCCGAUUACAGAAGCUGUUAAAAUCUACAAGGAACAGCUAAAAUCUUCCUUAGACUCUCUCACAAAAAAGAAAUCAGACUUCCAGGAAAAGGAGCAGCAACAGAAAGAGAAGAUUUCCGGAGUUCGGGAACAGUCACACAGCGUUCAGUCCCACGUCACAUCCCAGUUUGCUGAACUGCGCCAGAUUAUCACUGAGAAAGAGCAGAGCUUACUCAGGGAUCUCAGGGAGGAGGAGAAGAGGAUUCUCAACCCAAUGAAGAAAAAUCUUUGGGAGAUUCAAGAGAAUAUAAGACUUAUUAAGGAGGAAAUCUCAAAGUUAAUGGAACAGAUGGAUCAAAAAGACAGUGUGAUAUUUCUCAAGGAGGAAGUUCGUCGGAACAGAAGGAUUAAUGACGAUGUCCAGGAAUUGUCAGUGACAGAUGAGACCCUGCCGGUUGAAAAAUUCGAUCACCCCUAUUUGUUGAACACAGUGCUGAGAGAAACGCUUGAUACUAUUAAUCGAGUCUCUGUCACCCUGGAUGUGGAAACGGCGAAUCCGUGUCUCGAGGUGUCUGAGGAUCGGAAGAGUGUGAGACGGACCGGGACCCGGAGGAAUCUCCCUGACACCGGGAAGAGAUUCACAAACUGGGCUUGUGUGCUGGGAUCGGAGGGAUUCACAUCGGGGAGACAUUACUGGGAGGUGGAGGUGACGGGGAAUCGGUUCUGGUGUCUGGGAGUCGCCGCAGAGUCUGUGGAGAGGAAGGAAGAGUUCAGACUGAGUCCGGAGACCGGAUUCUGGGUCAUCAGGCGGGUUGAUGACGUGUUACAUCGGGAUUGUGACGUGUUCGGUCGCCCCUCCCCCGGGUCCCGUCUCGCUGCCGGUCCCAUCCCCGGGAGGGUGGGAGUUUAUCUCAGUUACGAGUCCGGGACAGUUUCAUUUUACAACGCGGAGACCAAGUCCCAUCUCCACACCUUCACAGGGAAUCAAUUCACGGGGAAACUUUAUCCUUUCUUCCGGACCUGGGAUGUGAACCAGUGGCUGAGAAUCUGCUCCGGUUCCGCUCCGGGUCUGUAAACGGGUCGGGUCCCGGGACCGGCGUCAGGAGUAAAGUCCCUGUAACUAUAAAUGUGCGGAGAGUGCAGCUAAAUACGUGGCUAAGGGGAUGGUGCAGGAGGGAGGGCUUCAUGUUUCUGGACAAUUGGGCUUUGUUCCCGGGAAGGUGGGGCCUGUUC